GAGCUCAGCACGAGCGACUCAGCACGGAGCUGGUGACCUGCGGUAGCCGGCGCCUCCUCCCAGCCGUGCUCCCCGCAGGUCACACCUUUCCCGCCCGCAGCCCCACGCGCGGCCCGCAGCGAACUACACUUCCCGGCAGGACGCGGCGCGCGCACGCGCACGGGGGGCCUCCGCCAUGGCGACAGUGCUGUCCAGGGCGCUCAAGCUCCCGGGGAAGAAGAGCCCAGACCUCGGGGAGUACGACCCCCUCACCCAGGCUGACAGCGACGAGAGCGAAGAUGAUCUCGUGCUUAACUUGCAGCAGAAGAACGGAGGGGUCAAAAACGGCAAGAGCGCCCUGGGGGACCCACCGGAGCCCGACUCAGAUGCGGAUGUGGCUGGGGCUGCAAAGCCACACCUUUCAGAAGUCGUCCCAGAGGGUUUCCCCUCGGAACCGCUUGGGGGUCUGGAGCAGAAGGCCACCUCUUCCCUGGUGUCCUACGUGCGCACGUCUGUCUUUCUGCUGACACUGGUCAUCUCCAUGGUCCUGGUACUCCUCUGCGCCUUCCUCAUCCCCUGUCCUCCCAGAGACCUGCAUAGCACUUGGAGCCGGCGCCUGGGCUCCCAAGGAGGCCCUUUUUGUUUCAUUAUGUGUACGCCAGGCGGGGACCUGUCUCCCCUGGAGUUGGCUGACGUGAAUAGAGAUGGCCUUCGGGAUGUGCUUCUGUCCUUUGUGACAACCAGGAAUGGGACUGAAGGAGGUGGUGGCUCACAACCUACUGCAGAUCUUGUGUGCCUCUCCGGGAUGAAUGGCAGCACACUGUGGUCCAGUCCCCUCCCAGAGGAAGCUCAAGAUGUCACAUGCUUGGAUCUGAUGCCGGGAAGCAUGGCCAAAACCAUCUGCCUCGUGACAGGGACACGCAAGAUGCUCAGUGCAUUCAACGCGACGUCAGGGAAAGUCAUGUGGACCCUGAACCCGAACCACCUGUCCAAUGGCACCUUGGCCGCCCCAGUUGUGGUGCUGCCUGACCUGGAUGGAGACGGUGCCAGAGACCUGGUGGUGCUGGCCAUUGGGGAACUGCAGCCAGAUCUGUGUUUUCUGCUGGUAUCUGGCCGGACAGGGAGUCCUGUGGGCCGACCUGUGAAGUACAACAUCGUGGGAGUGGGGAACCUGAUUGGUCCGCAGGUUUACAUCACCACCAGUGGGGCUGUCUACAUCCUGUUUGGCUUUGGAAAUAUACAAGCUGUGGCCCUGCGGGACAUUUUUGUUCAGGCCCAAAAUCGAGACAGCUCACCACCCUCUCUGCAGAUAGAAGAGCCAGAAUGGGAGAAGCGCAGAUCGGUCAACCUUUCCGAGCUCAUCGAUGUUUACAGUGAUGGAGUUGAGCUUCUCCAGUUGGUGAAGGCCCCAGAUGCCAACUGCAGCAGCCUCUUGAUCACAACCAGACAAGGCCUGGUCCUGCUUCGGGGACAAGAUCUUACGCUGCUCUGGAAACUGAGCCUGCAAGGCCUGCGCAGCCAGCCAACUCCUGGGUAUUUCACUGAUGACCAGACAUUGGACUUCCUUCUGCAGACACAGGAUGGAGUUGGGAUGAAAAAGAUGAUGGUGGUGGAUGGUGGCUCUGGCUCCAUCGUCUGGAGUCAUAGUAUCCCAUGUCACAUGAAGGAAACACCAACCACUUCUGCAAUUACUUCAGACCAGAAGUCUGUGUUCCUCUUCUGGGCAGAAGCGCUGACUGCUGCUUCUCCCAAUUCUGAUAACACACCAGGAGCUGAGCCUCCUGGCCUUUACCACCUUUACCUCCUGCACCCAACCUUCCCAUCUAUCCUCCUGGACCUGACCAACACCACUGGCAUAGUGACAGCUUCGGAGGUUGGAAUCAACGACAUCUGGAAAGAUGCCUUUUAUGUCACUAGGACAACAGGGAUGAGCCCUGAUGGACACCCCACCUCUCUGGUAAUCAGCAAGCUUAGCCUGCGCUGGGCACUCAUGGAAGGCCAGAUGGUCCAGCUGAAGGAGACCACCCCUAAAAUUGGCCGUGGGGAGCUGAGAAGAUUCCUCUCCAGGAUCAAGUUUGUUGAUUCUCCCUACCAGAUCUAGUGCAGUGGAGUCCAGAUCCAGAAGAACCAUGCAGAGCGGCUCCUGUCCUCCUGUCAGUUCUCUGGAGAGGGGAUGACUUCGGGGUCAUGCAGCAG